GAUGUGCGCUGUAGCUUAUUGGCGGUGGACGUGCAAUGGUAAUGUGUUUGUUGCAUUUAUAGCAAGUAAAUGUCGAGUUGCACCGGUAAAACCACUGACUGUGCCGCGACUAGAGUUGCAAGCAGCGCUUCUAGCGGCGAGACUCGCCGACACCAUUGUUAAGGAGCAUAAGUUGAGCGUGUUACAGCGAUUCUUUUGGAGUGACUCGACCACGGUUUUGCACUGGAUUAAUAAUGACGCGAGAAAUUAUAAAACAUUUGUAGCAAACCGGUUGGGCGAGAUUGAUGAGGUCACUAGUAGUAAAGAAUGGCGAUACGUGCCUACUGAAUUAAAUGUUGCGGAUAUAGCUACACGCGAAACCUACGACGACGCCAUUUUUAAGAGUGUAUGGUUGGGGGGCCCUACGUUUCUGCGUGACGAUGAGUCAUCGUGGCCGCGUCACGUCAUUCGUCCUGUCACUGAUGUUGAGACAACUGAAUGUGUUAAUCUGGUAACAAAUGUGGUUACUACGGACAUCCCUAGUGUCGAGCCUACUCCCGAUCCGGAACGGUUUUCUUCGUGGCUGCGGUUGCUCAAAAGUACAGCCGCUGUUCUUAGAUUUAUAUGUAAGUGCAGGAAACGUACCGAUGACGAUUGCGAAUUAAUGGAACAGGCUAAACGUUUGCUGUUCCGGCGGGUACAGAGCGAGGCCUUCGGCACGGAAGUGAGCGCAAUUAGAGAAGGUAAAUGUUUGCCCCGCAACAGUCGUAUUCUCAACUUGUCACCUUAUUUGGACGAGCACGGCGUCCUUCGUUGCGGCGGACGCAUUGGUGCGGCACUUGAUGUCUCUUCCGAGACAAAAAACCCGAGUAUCCUCGACGGGCGACAUCGAGUGACGCGAUUGUUGGUAAGACAUUUCCACAUAAAAGCUGCUCACGGAAACCAGGAGACAGUGGUAAAUAACCUAAAGCAAAGGUACUGGAUCAUUAAAAUGAGACCCACUGUUAAACAUGUAGCUGCCGGAUGUAUGAUCUGCAGAAUAAGGAAGGCGAAACCGGAAAUGCCAGUGAUGGGCGAUUUACCUCCCGCUAGAGUGGCGCAUCACCAGCGAACUUUCACACACUGCGGUGUGGACCUAUUUGGACCGAUGGAGGUGGUGGUAGGGAGGAGAAGGGAAAAACGGUACGGUGUCAUAUUUACAUGCCUUACAGUUCGGGCUAUACACCUGGAGAUCGUGCAUUCCCUCACUACUGACUCACUAAUUAUGGCCCUCCGGCGUAUGGCUGCCCGCCGAGGGUGGCCACGCUGCCUUUACUCCGAUAACGGAACUAACCUACGUGGCGCUGAUGCGGAGCUACUGAAGUCGAUCCAGGAACUUGACGACGAGACCCUGAAGAACGAGGCUGCUAACAAUGGGACGCAAUGGUCUUUUAUCCCACCGGCAAGCCCCCAUUGGGGAGGGGCGUGGGAGCGUUUAAUACGUAGCGUUAAGGUAUCUCUAGGGGCUAUACUCAAAGAGCGUGUCCCCAAAGAUGAAGUUCUCGCCACCUUUAUGACUGAGGUCGAGAAUAUAGUCAACAGCCGCCCCCUUACUCACGUGUCUGUAGAACCUGGUAGCAACGAGUCGUUGACGCCAAACCAUUUUCUCCUGGGUAAGAGCUCCAACUUACCUGCUGCAGGUGUUUUCGAUGACUCUGACUUGUACCUACGAAAACAGUGGCGAAAAAGUCAACGCUUAGCUGAUAUGUAUUGGCGCAGAUGGGUAACAGAGUACCUACCGGAGCUGAUACCUAGAAGGAAGUGGAAUGAGGAGCGCGAACCGCUAAAGGUAGGUGAUCUCGUGCUGGUCGUGGACCCUGGAGCGCCACGCAACGUGUGGCAGAGGGCGAUCGUGGAACAGGUGUUUCCAGGCAAGGACGGCCGGGUCAGGUUGGUUGAAAUCAGAACCAAAUCAGGGACGCUGAGACGUUCAGCGGCGCGCGUCGCUAGAAUUCCUUUGUCUGAGUAGUGCUGAGCCAGCACUGGGGUGGGGUGUGUUAGCGACGUGCUCAAAAAUCGUUAUACAAAUUUGUAUUAGCUUAAGGUGGCGGGUAUGACGGCCCAAUCAUCUCAUAUGUUUUAAAUAUUAUAUUAAAUUUUAAGGUAGAAAUCGAACGGUGACGCAGUCAGUCAGCCUUUACUAUCGCUCGCGACACACGUACCUUCGCUCUCUCUCAUAUGCUUUGUUCGUGUACCUACGUUGUGUAAUUUAAAAUAAACGGUUUUAACG